GUUUGUUCAUCUCUUCUCCUUCAUAAACAUGCUAACAGAACAAAGUACUUUAGUAGCACUUCAGCCAUGUGGGACAGACUCUGGGCCUCUUUCCGCUCCGCGCCAGCGGCCCCGCUCCCCUCGCCCGUGACCAUCCGAGGCAUUCGCUUUCCCGCCGAUGGGUCCAAGCCCCACCUCCUCUCCCUCACCACCACGACGCACGACGUGAGCAACGGCCCCGACAGCCCCUGGGGCCACGUCCCCGACCUGCGCGAGUUCUGGAAGACGGAGGCCGCCUGGCGACAGCGAGACAUCGAGACCUUCCGGCUCGAGAACCAGCCGCGGAGCCACUGCAAUGGCUUAUACGUCAUCUUCUUCUCCUUCGAUCUGGAGUCGCUGCCUGCCAAUACCAACUUUCCCAGGCGUCUUACCGGUCGCGAACGGACUUUUGCUGGCGAUGCGUUUGUGGUCAAAUUGAAGGGAAACGAGAUCGGCUCGGACCUGGGAGACGAUGGAUGGGCGGCCUGGGACGAUGUCCCAUCGGAUAUCUUGGACUUGCCUGUUAUGCAGAUUGGUGGGUGAGGGCUGGGUUGGUUAUAUGUUUCCUAGCCAUUUCCCCGGCCCCCAAGGGGGCUGCUGGAUAGCUGUGACCCCGUGUCCAAGUUCCUAGCAAGUGCCGGACGCGUAUAUU